ACUCCCAGAGACUCGAGACGACCUGACAAGCUCGCAAGCCAACCAAACCACCCCAACCACGGCCACUUAUUGGAGGCAUUUUCGGUAUUUCUUAAUAUUUACGAGAACAAGAUAUCAGUUCGGUUCUGGCAUUCCAGGCGUUCACGCCUCUCUUUCACCCCCCCUCAAAGAUACCUUUUCGACGAAGAUAAUUAUUGAGCCUGACUGAAGUGCUUUAUGUGAGACGAACCUUUCGGAGACACGAGUGAUCAUUGCUUGCUUGCCCAUGGAAAUUGAAAAUAUAUAAGUUUGAUACUCCUCUUGGCGGUGGCGGCAAUCCAUGCAGACAAAGUUGACUCCAAGACUGAGGAUUUGGUUGCUCCUUUAGAUGAGACCGAAAAGAUUGAAGUGAUCUUCAUCAACGGGCCACAUGAAGAUGGAGAGGAUGAAAAAGAAGGAGCAGUGGAAGGAAAGACUUUGGAUAAGGAAUUACUAGGAGAGGGAUUGGAUGAAGACGUGCCAAAAGGACGAAUCAUUGUUGACCUUAAGGAAGUGGCCAAACUGGACAAGGAACACAGAGACAGUGAGUUCGGCAUCGAACUUGAUGAGACCACUGCUCCCAAAGCCAAUGAAAAGCCCAAAGGUCGUCCAUUGGGAUUGCGUCCGCCAUCGCCCUUGCGUUUAAGACCCCGACCCGGUCCUCAGAAGCCACGAAAACCCAACAGACCUCCUCCACGGCCCAAAAAGGCUCCAGCUGGAUUCCAUCUGAAAAAGCGUCCUUACCCCAAACGACCAAUCCAAAAGCCAUUGCCACCGCAUAUCAAAGUUUUGAGGCCAUUGCCAAAUGCCCCCAAGAAGCCUUUGAGGCGAAACCAGGAGAGUCACCGAGCUCCUGCCAAACUCAAAUACGAGCCUCCAAGGCCCCAUGUUCAAACCUACAGCGCUCCCGCCGCUCAGCAUCGACCAACCUACCAAGCACCAGCUCAACCCCAAAUCAUUAUCAAACAGGCUGGACCUAGUCAGCAAUAUGGAUGGAUUGGACACGGCAAGCAUGCACCCUACAAUGUUCCCAAUCCGUUCCCUCAUAAUUUGCCCAAGUGGCAUCCCAUCAAUGGAAUCUUUGAAGCAGGACUACUGUACCCAGGUCCCGAGGGAUCACAGGCCUAUACUCCUCCUGAAGCGGCUGCCCCUGCUCCCUCUUACAGUGCCCCUGCUUCUUCAUCUAACUCUUACUUGGCACCAUCUUCAUCGCAUAGUGCUCCAGCUCCAGCACCAGCUCCAUCUUACAAUGCUCCUGCUCCAGCACCAGCUCCAUCUUACAAUGCUCCUGCUCCAGCACCAGCUCCAUCUUACAAUGCUCCUGCUCCAGCACCAGCUCCAUCUUAUAGUGCUCCUGCUCCAGCACCUUCUCCAUCUUACAGUGCUCCUGCUCCCGCACCAGCUCCAUCUUAUAGUGCUCCUGCUCCAGCACCUGCUCCAGCACCUGCUCCAUCUUACAGUGCUCCAGCCCCUUCAACGUCUUAUGCCGCAGCUGCCCCCUCAACAUCGUUCUCGUCAUCAGCUCCAUCAACCUCAUAUUCAUCCUCUAGUUCUUCCUCAUCUUCUCCUUCUAACUCAUAUUCAGCUGGAGCUCCAGCGUCAAACUCCUACUCCCCACCAUCGUCGCCCUCAACUUCGUAUUCGUCAUCUAGUUCAACCUCCAACUCGUACUCGGCGUCUAAUCCAUCUUCGAAUUCCUACUCUGCCAGUGCUCCGGCCCCUGCUCCAGCCUUUCAACCUUCGAACUCUUACUCAGAGUCAAGCUCAAACUCUUAUGGUAGUCCCUCGGAGUCUUCGUCAUCAUACACUGGCCCUUCAAGCUCUGUGUCCACGUCAUUUCACUCUCCUUCAACGUCAGUCUCAGUGGGAUCUUCAUACAAUGCUGAAUCAGCAGAACCAAGUGGAUCCUCUUAUGGUUCUCCCACAAAUUCAGUGUCAGCCAGUAACUCCUACAGCUCAGUGAAUUCCGGCGAGUACUCAGGCCCAGGUUCAGUGUCUCAGUCAACAUCCAGUACCUCUUCAGUGUCAUCCUAUAGCCCUCCCAAUGCUGUUGCUCCAAGCCCCGUUUACAAGGCCACUGCUCCAGCCACUCCAACUUACGNCGGCGAGUACUCAGGCCCAGGUUCAGUGUCUCAGUCAACAUCCAGUACCUCUUCAGUGUCAUCCUAUAGCCCUCCCAACGCUGUUGCUCCAAGCCCCGUUUACAAGGCCACUGCUCCAGGCACUCCAACUUACACGGACUCUGCACCAGCUACCCAAUCCUAUGAUGCGAGUGAAUCUGGUGGGCAAUCGCAGAAUCCCUUCACCACUAGUCCAUCAAAUGGGUAUUCCGCACCCUCCUCAUCAAGUCAGUCUGCUUCCGCAUCGGAUUCAUAUGAAGGAGCUGAACAAUCCGGCACUGCUCCAUCCGGUUACACUGCCACUUCUGCAUCCGUCCAAUCUGUGUCCAAUGCCGUGGCACCUGCAACUUCCAAUCCUGUUGAACAAGCCGUUGUAUAUGAAGAAAUUCCCGUGGAUGAGGAACCCCCGGUAUAUGUUCCCAAAGGGUCAUUGCCGUCAACAAACUACGACAAAGUGCCAACCCGGGUCUACGACCCUGCAACAAGCAGUUUUAUUACGGUCGGAGGAAAGAAGAGGAACGCCAGCCCUUUUGCUGUUGACAGUUCCCAAUCAAACACUGAAGAUGUUGAGAAUGACAAAUAUCAAACCAAUUUCCUUGCCACUGGCUCGUUCUUGAGGGAACCUGUUCUCACUGACGAAGACCAAGAGGAGGUCUUGGGAUUGGGUGGCACCACUUCCUCUGCAGAUACCCCUGUCAACCAAGGUCAAAUCUUUGACGUUCCUAUCAAGGUGGAGGAGUUGUCGGAACAAGGCCAAGUGUUUGUUGGUCAAGAUGCCGUUGCUCCUGAGGGUGAAGAGCCUGAGGUUUUCUACAUCUUCUAUGAGAACGAGAACGACAAUGGGGCCCCUGUUGAAGUUUAUGCUGCCAACCCUCAAAGCGAUGUGGAUCUGCUUGAUCUGGUCCAACAAACCUCGGCUUCCGAUCAGGAAGUUCAGUUUGUAGUGGAAGAGCCUGAGGAUUCCCAAUUCACCCCACCAGACGAUGAAGAGAUUCGAACCAUCUACGUUCCCGUUCAAAAUGCCGUGAACAUCCCAACCAGCUUCGACAUUGAUAUUGGAACCUCUUUUGGCUUGGGCAAGAAGAAACGCGGAAAGAAGCCUGGAUUCGACAAUUUCCCCGUGGGCAGUGGGGCAGCCCUAUCGCAGCCCCCAAGUUACGAUAACCCAAUUUCCAGUUAUGAUGCCCCCAUCUAUAACGACAACUCAUACACAGCUCCCGUUGAAGGAGAUCAAGCCGAGCUCUACGGCACGAUCUACGAUCAACAAAACGAGGAAACAGCUCGGAAACCGACUCAGAAACCGACCCGUAAACCACGACGGACAAUCACUCGAAAGGUGAGGCGUCCGGCUCCAAUUGACGAGGCUGUUCAACAAGAUAUUGCCGAUGAGGCCUUGGACUUGGCUGCAGAUCCUGCAUUGGCCGAUGGUGGCCUUCCUUACGGGACCCGAUUGAAUCGGAGGAAGCCCUAUGACUUCUAGAGCAGCGUCCCAAAUGCAAUAGGAAACGCACUUAGAGAUUCAAUCAGUGACAAAACAGUAUACAAAAGCAAUGAAUUGAAAGCGUCCUCUAGGAAAGAAGAAAAUCAAUUGUUAACUCCCACGAAUCCUCGUCGGGGAGACUUGAAUGCUCGGCUCUGAAUGUUAUGUCCGCCUCUGUAGAAAACUAGAAAUAAAAGAAAGACCCUCAA